AUGUAGAACUCGGUGUCGGCGCGAGCUGCUUUUAAGAUCAAAGCUCAAGAGUCACUUGGAUACAAACGCACCUUUUUGAUCUGCGGAAUAAUUCCGUCUUUUAAGGCCCCAGUUGUGGACAUGCUCGCUCCAUUGCUCCAACAUCUCCAGUGCCUCCCUGCUCUAUCUUGACUUUUUGAAGAUGAGUUAGAUUGGUCACGGCCCACCUCUGCUUCAUGAGCCAGCAGGAUGCGGCAUCGGUGCGUGCACUCUCCGAGCGUCUCCUGGUAGCGUCGCACAAGGGCCAGGCCGAGAAUGUGGUGCAGCUGAUCAACAAGGGCGCCAAGGUUGCCGUCACCAGGUAUGGCCGAACUCCACUGCAUUUGGCAGCUUAUAAAAACCACAUCGAAGUGGUGAGGAUCCUGUUGAGAGCCGGCUGCGAUCUGGACAUUCAGGAUGACGGCGAUCAAACAGCAUUACAGAGAGCAGCUGUGGUGGGAAACAGUGACGUCAUCACAGCGCUCAUUCAGGAAGGGUGUGCACUGGACAGGCAAGACAAGGAUGGAAACACGGCGCUGCACGAGGUCGCGUGGCACGGCUUCAGUCUGUCUGUCAAGCUGCUGGUUAAAGCCGGGGCCAACAUUCACGCGAAAAACAAGGCAGGGAACACGGCUCUACACUUGGCGUGUCAGAACGGUCAUGCUCAGAGCGCUAAAGUCCUCCUGCUGGGAGGAGCGCGUCCUGACAGCAGGAACAAUGUAGGUGACACGUGCCUGCAUGUUUCCGCCCGCUAUAACCAUAUGGGAGUCAUCCGCAUUCUGCUAGGCGCUUUCUGUUCAGUGUCCGAGAGGAAUCAGGCAGGAGAUACGGCCCUGCACGUGGCAGCCAUGCUAAACCAUAAGAAGACGGCACGCCUGCUGCUCGAAGCUGGAGCCGAUAGCAACAUCCAGAACGAUGCAGGACAAACUGCACUGGACCAGGCCAGAGAGAACAACAAUCCUGAAGUAGCGCUGCUGCUGACUAAAGCACCACAGAUUCAGAGCUUCUCUCGUGGCAGAAGUGUAAGGAAAAGAAGAGACAAGUUGAAGGCUGAAGGACGAGCGCAGUCAGUCCCACGUGAUGACUUGCUGCCUAGUAAGGAAAGUGUGUCUGCAGCAGAAGAAACUCCCAGCAGUGAUCGUUCUGCUCCGAGAAACCAGAACGGCAAGAACGGGUCACCAUGUGGCACUCGGCAAAGAAAAAGCCGCGACCGGAGCCGCAGCCGAGGCAGAGAAAAGCCUUCCCUAUCAGACCCUGUGUCCAUCAGGGAAAAUAAGAGUAAAGAGCAGAGAAAGAAGAGUAAAACGAGAGCUUCACCUCCGCGAGCUGUUCCUCCUCCACACAGCUACAAGGCUUAUCAGCUGUACACACUCUACAGGGACAAGGAUGGCAAGGUCAUGCAGGCUCCUCUGGAAGGCUGCAGGUGCGAACCGCUCCUCACCAAACUGGAGAACCAACUGGAGGCCACCAAAGAGGAGAUGAAGUCUGAGAUCCACACGGUCCAGGAGCUUAUGAACAGCAAGUUGGGUCAGCUGGACCGCAAGAACAACCACCAGAUCAAAGCUCUGGAUAAGAUGAUGUUAGAGAGGGUGUCUGCUGAAAGGAUGGAGUGUGUACAUCGGAUCGACGAGAAGACAAAACAGGAGCGCCUGGAGGGUGAAAAGAGACAGGCCUCGAUUGUGAGUGAACUGAAGAACUGGUGCAUGUCUAAGCUCCAGAGGAUGGAGGCACGUCUGAUGGCGGAUGCACACAGCGCCCCUCUCCGCCGCGCCUCCUCUCUAGAUGAGUGUUUAACACUGCGAGAAGACACAGGGGGUCCGUGUGCCGGCAGCAACCACCGUCUGGUGUCCGGCGACCAUACUGAACCCAAGGAGGGACUGGGACGAGGAGGGGGAGGAGCUACCAGAGAAGAGGACAUGUUGGAUAAUCAUUACUUUGUGGUUCAGAUGGACAGCUCAGCUUCAGACGCCAAUCAGAACAUCCAGGAGACACACUCCCCAGUGGCUGAGAACAAAUCUGCCACAUCUUCACCCCUCAUCGUACGCCCAAAAGAUCGGACGCAGUUUAACACUGACCCCUACAGGCAAGUAAGAGAACUACAGGAGGCUUUUCCUUCUAGCCAGUCCAAUAGCCUGUUGCCGUCCACGGAGCACGGCGGAAUUUGUCAAAAGAAACAAAAACAGGAGCGGGACCACAAGAACAGCAAGAGUCAUAAAGUCAGGCAUCAUAAACGGCAUUCUGAAGGGAGGACUGAGGAAAGAGACAGGACUAAGCAGGCAGAGGAGCCGGCCAGCGUGCACGCGCUGGAGGUGACGCAGUGCUUCUUCGAGGCGGUGUCCACGCAGAUGGAGCUCUGGUAUGAACGCAAGGUCCAGGAGGUGAGUCUGCAGGCCGAGCAGCGAGCGCGAGCCGAUCGUGUCAACCUGCUGGAGAGGAUCAACUGCCUGGAAGACGAACUGAGGCUCCUCAGAACCAGCAGACGCGAGGAGAGCUAGCACACGGAGCUCUGCACUGGCUCGGCUAUAUGAAGAAGGUGACAGGGGGAGAGGACGACCGAGAUCACGGCCACUUGUUAAACCUGUUCAUGUCCUUAUCUACAGUAUGAAGGUUUUCAGUCAUCCAGAUCAUAGAGAUAGAAGUAGAUAGUGGUAGAACUUGCCGUUUCGAAUAUUCGCCCAUUCACCCACUCCUCACAGGGUGUUGGUCCAGGAGUCUGGCUGGAAUGGUAUUUUAAGUAUUAAUGGUUUGACUGGUUUUAGAACAUUUUUUUAAAUGGAGGCUUUUAACACUUUUUACACCCCAAUGCUCAGUAAACAAACAACUCCAGAUGAUUUCUCAGACUAAUCCUAUGGAAGAUCUUUAUUCUCACAGGAUGUGGAGGAAAAAAAUCAAUAUUGAGAAACGUCAUUUGUAAUUCAAAAUCCCUUGCUGGUUACUUUGCAUAGGGAGAAGAUGUAAACUCGAAUAAAUUUACAGUUUUAAACAUUUUUAACAUUUUUUUUCUGGGUAAAUUAUUUUGAAGUAUUUAUCUACAUGGUGUAUCAUCAAAACAAAGCCACAGUUUUAACAGGUAUUACAGUUCCUUUAAGAUAACGCAUGGACAGUCUUCACUUAACUAUUUUCACCCACAUUUGUCCUAAUUUAGUUCUCUGAGGGGGUUUUUUUGUACUGUAUUGCGCAACAGCCUAAAAGGAUGAAAGCUACAGCAUACGGUUCGAUUCUCCACACAUACCUUAUGAUACGCCUGCUAACACAAACGCAAAAUGCAAAAUCUUUAUACAGCAUAAGUAUUCACUCCCUUUGAACUUUUCCACAGUUUGAGCUGUUAGUUAGUAUAAUCUGCAACUUAAAUGGGAGAGGGGAUUAUAACAUCAUACAUAAAAUAGACCAUAAUAUUAAUGCAGGAAAAAAGAAAAACCACCUGAUGAGAACUAGAGCUGUGAAUCGUAGGUAGACUGUCGAUUCCAUUCAGUUUGAUUUUUUAAAAAGUUUUAAAGUAUUAAACACUACAACAACAAAAAAUCCAAUACACAUCAAAUCUUAUUUUAAAUCUUUUUUAAACAAAAUUAUGUUUUC